AUGCUGAGCCGUCUGUCACGGACGGUGCCUCUGUUGGGCCCGAGGCGCUCGGCGGCCCGCGAAAAGCGGCUCAAAGACCGCGUCGCUGCGCAGCUGGAGCUGGAGGCGCAGGUGAAGUCCCGAGUGGCCUGUUAUCCACAUCGAUCCCUCACACGACCCGCAUUGCGCCUGGAUAGGACUCAGGUUAAUACGCCACUCUUUCAAUCCCAACUUCUCAGUCUGAAGAAAAUGGCGAGUGACUUGCGGUGUAUUUCGUUCAGUGCCCCAAAAGGGCAUUGGGACGCCACAGUUGUGCUCAUCAAAAGUCACCCAGACGAGGAAGUGUUCGAGGUGUGGGUGAGCCCGAGCGUUCCGGACUACGAUGCCCGAACCUCCAUUGCUCCCAUGUACGGAAUGUGGGAGAACUGUAUUUCUUGUGGUGCGACCGCUGCAUGGGUGAUUCGGCCCCAGUCUGUCACAUGUAGUGGAUGGGAUGAGUACGGCAAUGAGAAGACAGAAUUACUGGAUGGCAUGCGGGCAAGGUGUUUGAUGCAUGAAUUGGAUCACCUUCACGGCAAGACGAUUCUUCAUCAGGCAUUAGGACCGGAAUUUAUUGUUAGCGGUAUCGCUAUGGGGCAGAGGGAUUUGUGGCCACCCAAUUUUCCCUCUGCAGAGGCGUACGUGACAGCUCCACAUCAAUUCUUUGACUACGUUAAAAAUAUUCCUAUUGUUCCUCCAGGAAUGGAGUGGUGGUAUGCACAAAACAUGCAGCAACAUUUUCAGGAUGCUCGUCUGAACCAAUGA